CUCAAAUUCACGGCAAACUUUGCACAUGGUCCAGUCUCUCAAAUCUCAAUAUUUUCCCGAUUUCAGAUUUUGAUUAAAUUUUCCAAUUUUUAAUUCCCCAAAUUUAAAACAAAAAUGGGGAAGUACAAUCACAAAACGAAGGUGAAGGAGGGCUUUAAUCGCCACUCCCACAGUAUGAACCCCGACCGGAAGAAGGAGGGUUUGAAAGGGGUUGGCAAACCCAGAGAUAAAGCAACCAUUAAAAGGUUGCAAAUGUAUCGGAAUUUUAAAGCGAAGAGAGACCCGACCGGAAAAAUUAUAAGGGCCGCCCCCUUCCAAAACACCCUCCCCAGUGGGAGCGUCGCCAGGGUUGAACCAAAUCAAAAAUGGUUCGGAAAUUCGAAAACUAUUUCACAAUCUGCCCUCCAAAAGUUUCAGGAGGAAUUGGGCAAAGCUGUGAACGAUCCGUAUAAGGUCGUUAUGCGAGCUACCAAACUCCCCAUCACACUUUUGAACGAGAAAGCAAAACAGGCCCGCGUCCACGUCCUCGAGACGGAAAGUUUCGACAGCGUUUUUGGCAAAAAGAAGACCAGGAAGCGACCAAAGUUGAAGGUGGCUGAGUUGGACGACCUCGUCCAAUCGAUCGAAGGUCGUCACGAGGCGUACGACCAGACCAAGGACAAAGAUUUGGUUCGAGAUGCGCCCGAUAUUUGGGAGCCGGCGAAAGAAUGGGUCAACUCGGCUGGACAAAGUAAACGGAUUUGGAACGAGUUGUAUAAAGUGAUUGAUUCUUCAGAUGUCGUUAUUCAGGUUCUCGACGCCCGCGACCCCAUGGGCACGAGGUCCCCACCCAUCGAAAAAUUCCUCAAAAAGGACAAACCCCACAAACACCUCAUCUUCAUCCUCAACAAGGUCGACCUCGUCCCCACCUGGGUCACGCAACGUUGGAUCCAACUCCUCUCCAAGGAAUACCCCACCCUCGCCUUUCACGCCUCGCUCACCCACCCCUUCGGCAAAGGCUCCCUCAUCAACCUCCUCCGCCAAUUCGCCAAACUGCACGACGACAAGAAACAAAUCAGCAUUGGUUUCAUCGGCUAUCCAAACACCGGAAAGUCCUCCAUCAUUAACACCUUGAAGUCCAAAGUCGUCUGCAAAGUGGCCCCGAUCGCGGGGGAGACCAAAGUCUGGCAGUACAUCACCCUCAUGCGGCGCAUCUAUCUGAUCGACUGUCCCGGUGUGGUCUACCCGCAUGAGGAAUCCUUAGAAGAAAAAGUCCUCAAGGGUGUCAUCCGCGUCGAGCUUGUCGAACAUCCCGAAGACUACAUUGAAACUGUCCUAACCCGAGUUAAGAAGCCGUACUUGGUCAAAACCUAUAAAAUCGAGGAGUGGACCGAUUCCGAAGAUUUCCUCACAAAAAUGGCGAAACGUACGGGAAAACUGCUCAAAGGAGCGGAGCCCGACCUUAACGCGGUUGCCAGAAUGGUUCUCAACGACUGGCAGAGAGGCAAACUUCCCUUCUUCGUGGCGCCGGAGGGCUACGAGAGUACCGCAGACUUUAAAGCAAAACAGGCCAAAGAGAAGAAGGACGCGGUGGAAAAUAAGGUGACGGAGGAAGCCUUGAAAAAGAAGCAGAAAGCUGUCGUGGUGGAGGAACAGAUUAAAAUGGCAAAGUUAAAAAAGCCACAUUUGGUGCAGAACUUGAAGAAAAUUUUGGUCGGGCUUAAAUUUGAGGGGGAUGAUUUAAAACCGUUGGACAAAGAGGGGGAGGAAGAAGAUGAGGAGGAGAAAGAGGAAGUUUUUGACAGUGAGGAGGAGGAUGACGAAGCUGAAAAUGACGAUGACGAUGAUGACAAUGAUGACGAAACUGGUCCCCCAGUUGACAAUGACCCCCCAGAAAAAGCCGUCCCCUCCAAGAAACCAGUCCCAUUAAAGACGUCAUCCCUUCCCACCUCCAAAUCCACCGGAAAUGACUCUGACACUUCCUACCUCACCGAUUCCGACUCUGAGGUUGAACAAGUCAUGAAACCCACCAAGAAAAAUAAGAAGCUCGGAAAUAUCGAGGUGGUCAAAGUGGCUCCAAUCAAAAAAGGAAAAUUCCAACCCCCAGAACGAGGUUUGGACGAGUCCGACUCCGACGAGGAGGAGGACGACGAACCCGCCGCAAAACGGAAAGCUCGAACAUCCGACGGACUCACGAGCAGGCAGAGACGAAAAGAAGAACGGGAUCAAAAGAGGAAGAAAAUUGGCAGCAAUUUCUAUGAAGUUUCGAAUGUGAAGAAUCGCAAUCGUGAAAGGAAAAGCCCCCGUCAACCGAUGGAUGGAAGAAAGAAGAAGAAAUAAUUAAAUUACAACUUUAAAUAAUUUAAUUGAUGAUAAUCAUCACCAAAAUCAAAUCGUCGAGUCCUACGUUAUAUACCGUUUUAAAUUACUAAUUAUUUUUGACUUAUCGCAAAUCUGAUUAUUAAAACGAUAAAAUGUUAACAAUACAUACAUAAUUCUACUCA